AUGUAUGAGAAUAUCUGGUAUCGCGACCUAAGGGGUCGGACGUUUGAAAUCGGCGAAGAUGAUACAGAACAGAAUGUUAAAGUCGUGGAGAUGUUGACAGAGGGUUUGGACGAAAGCAUGGCACAGAUGCUCGUCCGUGCUAAUGGGCGUAUCCAAGAAACUGGCACCAAGGUUAUGGUGUUGAUCAGUUAUGAUGUAAAGCCUGACGAUUUCGAUAUCGACGAUUUGGAGGAUCUCCAGGCAGAUGUCAAGUUCCAUCGUGGAUUAGAACCCGAUAUCAUCGAUCUGCUGUUCAAGAUCGGCCAUGGCCCCGGGCGCAUCGACAGCUGUUUUUACGAGCAAGCAGAGAUUUCACCAUGCCCAGGAGGCUUCAUAUAUCUCGAUGCUAUGGAACAGGUGCCGGGUGACGAUGUUGAGGAGAUCAUGGAUGACCUGUCCGACAAGGAGCUACUUAGUAUCAGGAAGUAA